AUGAAGACCAUGAUUGAGACAGCUCUUGCCUUUGUCUUCUUGUUGCUAUUCACCAAUAUAGUGUACGGUUCCCCAGCAUCCUACUGCGAUUCAACAAAAAAAGUUUGCUACAGCUGGGCUGUUCCAUCUUCGACAACUUCUUCCAGCUCUAACAGUCUUUAUCUCCGACUCCAAGCCCCCACCGACUACCAAUGGAUCGCUCUUGGUACCGGAUCUCGAAUGAGCGGUUCUACCAUGUUCGUUAUCUACCAGGACGGGACAGGCAACGUGACUUUGAGCACAAGAAAGGGCACUGGUCAUGUUAUGCCGACGUAUAAUCGCAUGGGUAACGUCAAGCUGAUUGACGGAAGCGGGACGUCGAACAAAACCAUGGUGGCAAACAUACACUGGUCUGGCGCAACUGGCAUUGACUUGACGGGGUCGAACCAUUGGAUCAGUGCUUGGAAGAAGGGCAGUCCACUCGACACAAGCGAUACGAGUACCGACAUUGAUGAACAUGAUGGGACAGGCAGUUUCUCUGUCGACCUGUCUAAAGCCAGCGUCAGUGGUAACGCCAAUCCUUUCACCAACUCAUCAUAUACUCAGAACAGCGAUAAUGCAGUUUCUGGUGGUGGUGGAGGUGAGGAUCAUACUGGCUCCAUCCAUGGCGCUAUCAUGGCUGUCGUCUUUCUGCUGGGAUUCCCCAUUGGCUCCGUACUCAUGCCUCUGGUUGGUAAAUGGUUACUCCACGCCUCAUGGCAAAUAGUCGCCUUCAUAGCCAUGUGGGUUGGACUUGGCGUUGGCAAGGUUGCCGCAGAUCGUGGUGGAGAUUCGUUUCACGAACCUCACGUCAUACUCGGAACGCUCGUGUGUAUCUUGAUGAUUGUUCAACCCGUCUUGGGAUGGAUGCAUCACAGAAACUACGUCAAGUACCAGCGACGAACAACCAUUAGUCAUGCUCAUAUUUGGUACGGCAGAGGCAUCAUGAUUGUCGGAAUCAUCAAUGGUGGUAUUGGUCUGCAAUUGUCUGGAGCGUCGACCGCGCUGAUUGUUGCUUAUUCUGUGGUUGGCGUGGUUGUCUCCAUGAUCUAUGCUGGUGGUGCUAUCUAUAAAAUGGUUCUGCUGCGACGGAAAGAACAUCACGUAAUGUCUGACGACAGUUCAAACAGCGCUCUGGAGAUGAUGCAUGAUCAGCCCCCGGCCUAUAGAUCCUAG